AUAUGGCUUUGCCUAGUGCAAGUUGAAUUCUUGUAGAAAAGGCCAUUUCUGGUCUACAGAGAAGCAUCUCUCAGGGUCAGGGGUUACGUGGAAACUUCUUUAUUAGACAGUUUGUGAGAGGAUGGCCCCAGUGCAGUAUCCCCCCCCCCCCCCUUAGACCUGGACCCAUGUGCACAACAUUUUGUUGUUAGUCAUUCCCUCUCCCUUCCUCUCUUCUCUCCCCCACGUGACCAGGGGCUAAGAAUUCACUACACAGAAGUUAACUGAUCUGUGUUACGUGUUGAUGGUGGAAGAGAAUCUGUCGGUGGGCUGGUGGAUUCCAUAUGUUAGGGCUGAAUAUUCCUGUUACAGUGACGUUUUAGUUGAGGAAUUGCCAUUGGUUUUUAGGAGUUUCUGGCUUGGUUUGGAAUCAUCUGACAAUUUGGAAACGUAGCAUCCGCUUCCACACCCCCACCCCCAUCCCCGUGUGUGGAUAUAAUCACGUGACUUGGUGUGACCUGGGAAGAAGUACUUGGUUUGCACCUGGAUUCCAAAAGUGGGCUUUACUAGAUCAGAGCCUUUUCCCGUAGAAAUAUGUAAUGAAAUUAGAGAAAACAGGAGGUGUGCACUGGAGCAACAGCUUGAGGUGGCCCAGAAAUGAACAGAUGUGAGGGGCCUUCUCAGGACUCCCAGGAAUGGAUGCUUGUAUUUCGCUGCGGUAUCGGAGUGGUUUACCUGUCUUGAGCUUAGAGUUAAAAUUCCAGUAUGCUUUUGGUCAUCGGAGGCUUGGUUUUGAAAGUGUGAGGUUCGUUUUCUAUUGUGGUUUAGCUUUGAUUUGUACGACAUUGCAGAUUUCCUAGAACAGGAAAGUUUAAAAAGACCACAGUGUUUAUCUGGUUCUACUCCUUCAUUUUACAGAUGAGGUAGCAGUCGGACAGGUUAACUGGUUUGGUCAAGACUCCCCAGCCACUUCGUAUCCAGGCCCUCCUGAGCCUACCUUCAACAUCUUGCUUGACACCGCUAAGCCUAGGAAGUUGUGUUCGUUUCGUUAUAAAUGCAGGAACCUUUGCAGAUCCGCACACAGUGAGAGAGAGAGAGAGAGAGGCAGAGACACAGGCAGAGGGAGAAGCAGGCUCCAUGCACCGGGAGCCCGACGUGGGACUCUAUCCCGGGUCUCCAGGAUCGCGCCCCGGGCCAAAGGCAGGCGCCAAACCACUGCGCCACCCAGGGAUCCCCAGGGAAGUUUUUAAAUGCUCCAAAAUGUUAGCACAGUAUGAAGUAUCUGCUAUUUUCCACUUUCUUAUUGGAAGAGAUUUAAACUACCCAACUGGUUAGACCACUGUCCUCCUAUAAUUUUUAAUACUAAACGAUUUCAUGGUCAGAGAAGGCUUUUGUAGGCCUGUUUGAACCCAUAGGUUGUACAUUUCUAACAAUUGCCUUCGUUCUGUGUAUAUUUUUAAAUGUGACAGCCAUGCUAGGUAGGCAGUGGCAAAUAGGAAUAAGCCAGGUUGUCAGACUCCAAGAGGUUUUUAAUAUCCUUACCGUUAUGUAGGCCUGGCAAAUGUAUUCUGGAAAUAGGGUGGCUCUUCUAGAGCUGCCCCCUCCCCCCCUUUUUUUUUUAUCAUCAGUUAAUUGUGCUUCAGAAUUUCGUUGUGAUUUUAGGAGUCUGCAGUGCUUGAGAUCAAAGGCCUUCCUUACUAAAGCCUCUCAACUGAAUCCCCUUUACAUCUGGAGAGUUUUUAAGAUGCCAUCCAUGGCUUUCGGGGGUUUAGUUGAUGCCUCUGCUCCCGGUACUUUUUUACUAGCUCUCAUUUACCUUUAAAGUCUCUGCUGAUGCACUGCAAACCUACCAUCUUGCGACUUGGAUCACUGGGGAUGAUUCCCAGUUCCCUAGGCAUUAAGUUCGUGUUUUCUUGUGAAGGUGCAGAGGUAAUUCCCAAGCAGAACUCAGAGAGAUAUCAGUUAGCAAGGAUUUAUUGACACCUGUUCUUCCGUUCCGCAGAUAGUUACUGAGUGCUUACUGCAUGUUUGGGUUUGUGUUAAUAGGGACUUACAAAGAUUAAGAGGUGACCCUGCCCUGGUAUUGCUCAUAGCCAGGUGGGUACCUCAGGUGUUACAGCACUUAGGGGAAGAUGAAGUAGAUGUUAACACUUGGUUGGUGGGCUACAAGCACAAGGGAGGAAAGGGGCCUUUCCUGUGUUUCAUGGAAGAGAUGAGAGUUGAACUGGACAUCGAAGGCUGAGAAGGAGUUUACUGUGUAGACGUGGUGGUUCGGGAGGAGAUUCCCAGCAGCUUUUGGAAAGGAUAAUAAUAGCUCUUCUUUACUAAACACUUUAUACAUUUUGCCUUACUGAACCCAAAUAGUCCUCAUGAGAAACUCUGUUGCCUUCUUUUGACAGCCAAGCAUACUGAGGUUCAGAGAGAUUAAGUAAGUUGCCCAAGGUCACACGUUUAGUAAGUGAUAGAGCUGGGAUUCAUUACCUGUGUGUCUAACGGAAAAUGCCUCGACUUGUAACGGUUACUUAAAAAAAGCAGAGGCGCGUAAAGGAGCAUGGUGUUGCCCCAGGUCUUGGGGAACCCAGCUUUGUUACUCUCAGAGAAUUGUAGCAGUCGUAGAUGACAUUGUAAGGAAGGCCUCAGGUCAUUGAUGUGCUACACUUUAGGACCUGGUGUCCUGGCCUCUAAAUUCUUCUACUGUCUAUGGAAAUGGGGUAUAGCUGUAGGCCUUGAGCGGAAGUGAGGUCAUCGUCAGACUGACACUUCUCGAUGACCAUUCUAGAAGUACUUUGAAGAGAAGAGAUUUGAGGAAUUCUAGCCCGAGAAGGAAAUUCUAGCCCAACAGGAGUGGGCUGUGAGGCUCGGUCAGUGGAGCGGAAGUAGGAUGGAGAGAGAGGACAGGGCCUAGCGGGGACUCAGGAGGUGAGGAAGACGUUGAGAAGGAUUUCCAGAUGUAAAGCUUGAGUGAUAACGUGGAGGUGAAGCCUCUUGUUUCUCAGAAAUUGAGGGUAUGGGAGGAGGAAAUGCUUGUGGUAGGAAGAUCAGGAGUUCAGUUUGAAUUGCUUGUGGGAAAGGCCAGGGGUCUAUAGUUGGUCACGAGAGUCCCCGACUCAGCCUAGGUCGGGCGGGCCCCAGCUGCAGGUGGCAGAUGCAGCAGAUACCAGGCCUUGGGUGGUUGCUGAAGCCCCGGCUGUGGUCAGAAUUGGCCGGGGAGAAUUACGGGAGGCGAGAAGCCAGGAGAGUUGAGGAUUGAACCCUGGGGAACCUCUGAAGCCACCCAAGGGUAGGUUAGUUCACCUACUAAUAGUUGAGACCUUGAGACCGCUGAGAAGACCCAGAGGAGGCAGUUGGAGAGACGGGAGGUGAUCCACUUAAUUGUCAAACUCUCUUCGGUGUUGGUCGAUAAACUUGUGUGUUAUAUUUUAAAUUGUGCACAACAUGAAGAUUGCCGUUGCUGAAACUGGAGUGAAUUUCAGAUGCUCAGAAAGUUUUGCUUUGCUGUCUUUUUAGGAGUUGCUAAAGCCCCGAGGUUAAUCUUGUCCCUAGUGAAGCCUCCUGCUUUUUGUACUGUGCAUACUGGUAAUGUAGGUUUUUCUUCUGAAUCACUUCUUUCCACCCCGAAGAGAAUGGUUCUCUACGUGGGCUGUAUUUCGAAUUUCAGGUCCUUGUAUUUCCUGGUGCUUGAAAGACCACAGUGGGGAGGGCGGGGUGCAGAGAGCAGGCUUGGGAACAAAAGCAGUGGACAAGCCUGUACUACUUUUAUAUAUAUACUCAUGGACUUCCUGAUUCCAUUUUUAUAGAUUGUUCUGCUUUUGCCUUAGAAUGGGGAUAAAAUAACCUGUCCAGCUGCCCUGACACAAGUUCACUUAGCAUCAUUAUCAUCUGUGACUUUAAUAAAAGGGUUUGACUAGAAGUCUGAGAAGUAAAAUCCCUCUAUCUAUGAAAUCACACUUCAGACGAGCCCAGGGACUGUACUGUCUUCUGCUUUGUUUUUAGAAGCAAGCAGAGAGAAAACUCACUCCUCAAAUAAUCACUGUGCGGGCGGCGUGUCAGUUAAAGAAAAUUCAAAGGUCUUGGUCUGCUACUGAGAAAUUUCAUUUUGGAAUCGAGGUGAUUCCACACCACUUCCCGAGUUGCUGGAUUUACACAUACAAACUGCUUCUACUCCUUGGGUAGGACAUAGAGCCCCAAAGGUAGGCUUCAGAAAGGGAGAAGAGAAAAAAUAGUGACGGCCAAAGAUUUCAGCUAAUCGGUUGUAAGCUUCUCAAGGGCAGGGAUGCUACCACUUGCGUGGCUAGACCUUAGCUGAUAACUCGUUGAGCAGAUAAGAUGGGCUGGAGGUGAGGAAUUGAUCGUUAAGGUUUUAUAUAAAAAUCACCCAGCAGGAUGCAUUAAGACUUGUGGGGUGGUUGUCUGAGGCUGGCGAGGAUUCGGAACUGAGAGGGGAUCCUGGCUGCCAGUGCUCGCCCCUCCCUCACAUCUUUGCAAUAAUAAUACUUGAAAGAAAUCCCCAGCAGAUUCUCAGUGGAAGGCCGGGGGCCCCUUGGCUUGCACCAUCAGUUUUGUUUAGACAGGAAUGUUCAGGGAUGGCAUGUGUGCCUGAAAUAGAAGUCGCUACUUUGUGUUCCUUGUUGGAAAGCCGGGUAUCCCAGCAGCCCACAGAAAUACACUGUGGAGAGAGCUGAGCCAUUGACCAAAGGAAGGCCCCAAACUGUGUGGUGGUUGGUUUGUUGCGCCGAAUGGCCUUAAAUGGUCAUCACAGUCAAUGAAGCCCAGACAUUUUUAAAAAUAGAUUAGGGAUUUACAGGAUGCUACAGUGCGUAUCUACAUGGGAAUCUUUCAAGCCUGAAAGUGCAGACUUUUUUUUUUUUUUUUGCCAGCGGUUCAUACAUUCUCUCCUAGGUGUGGUCAGUUUUCCAAGGAGUAGAGGAGACCGAGGAGAAUGAAGAUGCUAGUGUUUCCACACAGAGCUAGCUAGACGUUGGAGGAAGGGUAGUGAACAAGACAGACGUGGUCCCUGCCCUCAGGGUAACGAAGAAGCUACUAACUGCGGUGGGAAGGAGGUUAUAUUCCGGAGGAGGGGGAGCCAGCACACGGACUACCUGUUCAUGCUCUCUGCAUCCUGUUUCACUGGGUGCUUUGUGGGUUGAGUGGAACACCUGUGCUGUGCCAGGCCCUGUGCUGAAUCUUAGGUAGAGGCUAGUGAACAAGGCACAGAGACGCUCUCCGUCUCCGUAGGGAACUGCUCGGAAGAUCCUGGAUAUGUACAGCAAACUGCUUGUCUGUUAGGUGUAAGCGCUCGUGGGGUCUUUUUUUUUUCUGGAUCCCAAGUUUCGUAGCCUUACCAAGUCGUGUAAUCUUUUUCCUUUAUCAGAGGUUGUCGGCGUCCUGUCCACUCUCCCCAUCAGGGUGUUCGUGAGGUCCCUCCUGGGUGUACAGCUCUUUCCAUUUAGAGCAACUGACUCUGACUGGAGAUUCAAACAAACCGGAUUUCGUAAAGCUUGGCGGCAGUAAGCACACAAUGAAUGAUCACUUACACGUCGGCAGCCACAGCCACGGACAGAUCCAGGUUCAGCAGCUGUUUGAGGAUAAUAGUAACAAGCGGACAGUGCUCACGACACAACCAAAUGGGCUUACAACAGUGGGUAAAGCGGGAUUGCCAGUGGUGCCCGAGCGGCAGCUGGAGAGCAUCCACAGACGGCAGGGGAGCUCCACGUCUCUGAAGUCUAUGGAAGGCAUGGGGAAGGUGAAAGCCACCCCCAUGACACCCGAACAAGCAAUGAAGCAAUACAUGCAAAAACUAACCACCUUUGAACACCACGAGAUUUUCAGCUACCCUGAAAUAUAUUUCUUGGGUCCAAAUGCAAAGAAGCGCCAGGGCAUGACAGGCGGGCCCAACAACGGGGGUUACGACGAUGACCAGGGAUCCUACGUGCAGGUGCCCCACGAUCACGUGGCUUACAGGUACGAGGUCCUCAAGGUCAUUGGGAAGGGCAGCUUUGGGCAGGUGGUCAAGGCCUACGACCACAAAGUCCACCAGCACGUGGCCCUGAAGAUGGUGCGGAAUGAGAAGCGGUUCCACCGGCAGGCAGCAGAGGAGAUCCGGAUCCUGGAGCACCUGCGGAAGCAGGACAAGGAUAACACCAUGAACGUCAUCCACAUGCUGGAGAACUUCACCUUCCGGAACCACAUCUGCAUGACGUUCGAGCUGCUGAGCAUGAACCUCUACGAGCUCAUCAAGAAGAAUAAGUUCCAGGGCUUCAGCCUGCCUUUGGUUCGCAAGUUUGCCCACUCCAUUCUGCAGUGCUUGGAUGCUUUGCACAAGAACAGAAUAAUUCACUGUGACCUUAAGCCCGAGAACAUUUUACUAAAGCAGCAGGGUAGAAGUGGUAUUAAAGUGAUCGAUUUUGGUUCCAGUUGUUACGAGCAUCAGCGCGUCUACACGUACAUUCAGUCCCGUUUCUACCGGGCUCCGGAAGUGAUCCUGGGCGCCAGGUACGGCAUGCCCAUCGAUAUGUGGAGCCUGGGUUGCAUUUUAGCCGAGCUCCUGACUGGUUACCCGCUCUUGCCUGGGGAAGACGAAGGGGACCAGCUGGCUUGUAUGAUUGAACUAUUGGGCAUGCCCUCCCAGAAACUGCUGGAUGCGUCCAAACGAGCCAAAAAUUUUGUGAGCUCCAAGGGUUAUCCCCGUUACUGCACAGUCACGACACUCUCAGACGGCUCUGUGGUUCUCAACGGAGGCCGUUCCCGGAGGGGGAAACUGAGGGGCCCACCAGAGAGCCGGGAGUGGGGGAAUGCACUGAAGGGGUGUGACGAUCCCCUUUUCCUGGACUUCUUAAAACAGUGUUUAGAAUGGGAUCCUGCGGUUCGCAUGACCCCUGGCCAGGCUUUACGGCAUCCCUGGCUGCGGAGGCGGCUGCCAAAGCCUCCGACGGGGGAGAAGACGUCCGUGAAAAGGAUAACCGAGAGCACUGGUGCUAUCACAUCCAUUUCCAAGUUACCUCCACCUUCCAGCUCAGCUUCCAAACUGAGGACUAAUUUGGCACAGAUGACAGAUGCCAAUGGGAAUAUUCAGCAGAGGACAGUGUUGCCAAAACUUGUCAGCUGAGCUGAGUCCCCUGAUGCUGGUAAUCUGAAAGAUACGACGUUGCUGAGCCUUACUGGGUUGAAAAGGAGUAGCUCAGACCUGUUUUUAUUUGCUCAAUAACUCAACUCAUUUGUAUCUUUUCAGCACUUAUUUUAAUGUAAGAAAGUUGUUCAUUUUGUUUUUAUAAAAUACAUGGGGACAAUGCUUUAAGUUUUUAUACUUCCUGAAACUGUUUUUGUGUUCUAAAAGUAUGAUGAGCCUUACUGUAUCUAGUGUGGCAGAGUAAUAAACAUCAGUGGCAGGCCAUUGAUUACUUCGUGACUGCUGCGCAUUUACAGAUUGGUGUCAAAGACAUUCACUGUUUUUAUGGUUCAUAUUAUAUUCCCCCCCUCCCCCGAGGUGAUUGCUCCCGAAGGUCCCCUCCCCCCCCCCCAGCCCCACCGAUGCUCCAGGUUCACACACAGGCGUAGCAUGUCCUGCCUCUGUUUCCCCUAAGUUACGUGGGUGGUAGUGAGGGCGGGAGGAGAACAGUCAGGACAACACUGACGCUCUAAAGAGAACUGCACGGUAGAGACUUUUUUUUUCCCUAAACCAGUGGUCAAACAGACACGACAUCCCCAAGUUCAAAUGCCCACUUAGCACUCUGACUUUCUAAAAGCUGGCCAAGCACACCUGGGUGAAUAAAUGGAAACGUGUGUGUUCCUUCACAUUCUCUAAUACGAUCAGCAAGCUGUUUUGUAAAGAAGCCUCAGAUCACGGACUUGGUUUUGCACCUAAAUAUAGAAAUGUAUUCCAUGAACUGUUUCUCCUCUUUGUUUUCUCCUCUCUUUUACCACACAUCUGUUGCUUGCAUUUAGGUGUUUUUUCCCCCCUUCAAAUAUAUAUCCCAGACUGUUAAUACAGAAGAGAGACAUUUCAGCUGUGAUUUUUGACCAUUGUUUCAUAUCCCAGUUUAAAAAAGAACAGCAGCCUGGCUACUUAAGGUGGGGAUUUCCACAGUUCCAAAGGUCUAGCAAAUUAAAGUGAGUUCACACUUUGCAGGUGUCACUGUAAGGUUCUCUUAGCCUGGGAAAGCAUCAACUCUUUCUUUAAAAAGAAAGAAGGCUGAAAAUCCUCUUGCUGAACAGAAGUCAUUGUGACUGUUCAAGGAGACCCGUUUUAACAACCAAUGUAAAGGAGGAAAAGUUCAAUCUCAAGUUAAAUGGUUUGACUUUCUUGCAUCAUUAGAAAAAUCACAAAUUGCAUUCUUCUGUUUUACUUUCUUUUGGAUUGCACUGAUUGUUUUUGUGGGAAUGACACUUUACCUGGAAAAGUAACUGAGAGUUAGGUAAAAGAAUAUUUUCGUCUCUGAAUAAUAAUUAUUUUCAAAGUGAAAAAUUCAGUAUUUUAUCACUAAUGUAUGAGCAGUGAUAUCAAUUUCAAGGCACGUGGAAGAAAUUUUUUUAGUAUGUGCAAUUUAAUAUAGAAAGAUUUUGCCUGUUUGGAUAAUAGCUUUUGGGUAGUAUAAAUUAGGAUAAAUACUCUUUUAUAUGCACAGAUACUAUUGUAUUGCCUGUAAAUUGAUUUACAAGUACUUAAAGCAUGGUCCCCAGCGAGGCCAAGAAAGUUUCCGGUUAAGUUCUUUUAACAUUAGUCCUACGGUUUCUCUUACUUUAAAGAAGAAAAGAAAAAAAAAGUAGUUUUUGGAACAAAACACUUAUCUUGAGGCUUUGUCAGUUGGUGGAGAAAAAUGCUCAGGAACUAUUACAGAUAUUUGCCAAAAAACAGUAAUAAGAUUAGCUUAUUAGUAAGAUAGUGAUGUUGAUAUUUGCUUUACUAUUUAAGGGUGUCACUGAUAAAUUAAUUUGUACUUCUGUAUUUAGAAAUUAUAGCUUCUUUCCCCUAGUCAAAUUCUUUAGCAUAUUGUACACAUUUCUGUGUAAUCUGUGGAAGUGCAAUAAUGUUAGUAACUUGCUUUUUAAAAUGAUGCUCAUGUGACGAUACCCCAAUCAGUGGCUUAUAGAAUUUAAAGAUUGUGUAUUUAUUAUUAAAAUUGUGACUUGAAGGCAUAAGAAGUAGAAGACUCAGUAUGGUGGCUUUGUAAAACCAUAAGCCUCUGAAUGAUGGUUAGCUUCUUUAGGUCAUUAAAAUAAACCCAUAAAGGCUGUUUUUCCCUUGCGAUGCUCCUCCUCCAUAUCCAUCCUCAUUUUCACAUUUAGGUUUAUAUGAACCUGAGCCUGCCAUUAAUAGAAAUUUCCCUUUAAAAUACAUGUGAAAAUUUAUAAGUGGACUAAUACUGCUUGUCUUUCCCCCACCACAUAAAACUGGUUCUUAAGAUGCCAAUAGUGCAUUUGUGACUAUAUUCACAAAUGUAACCGGAAACUUUUAAGCCAAACUAUGAUGUGCAGCGCUAUGCACCCCCACCCCCGAAAUACAGUGAAAUUUACUUCAUUCACAAGAGCCACCAUGUUCAGUGUUUAGUGAUAGGGCUGCUUUAAAAAAAAAAAAAAUCCAGCUUAAUUAUAAUGUCCAAAAAAAAAAAAAGUUGCAUCUCUGUGAUCUUAAAUAAAUGAAGGGCUCUAAUAGGCUACUAGGAGUUGGCUUGGAAACAGUCCUUGGUCUCACAGGUUACCAUUGUCUAGGGAUGUCUGAGCUGUUUUCAGAUUUCAGAAUAGCACAGUGUCUUGUCUUUGGUUGCAGUCUCAUCUGGCUCCGUUUCUUGCACCUCCACAGCGCACAUGACCACUUGAGUGCGUUGCUCCAGCAGUGGAACAGCACCGUGCUGCAGGACAGUGCAGAUCGACAGGAGAGGAGAAAUUGUGCCCUCAGUGUUAAUUAACAAUGUGCCUUUUGUUCUGAAUGCCAUGUUGUAGGGCAUGCAUUUUUUGGCCUCUUUAACUCUUUGAAUAGCAGGCAGUAAGGAUGGAACCCACCUCUGCAAAGAUACAUCUGUCUUAAAUAUCUAGUGACUUACAGGCCUUAAUAGAAACCACAAGGCGUAAAUCAUCAUCAGGCUUUGAAAAAGGUAACCACUGGUUAGUUACACCGGAAAUUCCUAUAUUUAAGGGGUUAAAGACGAUCUUUGUUGUAUCUUAUCAUCAGACUGAUUUUUUAAAUGAUAUUUUUUGUUAUGCUAACACUAGACAAAAAUCAACUGUAUUUGUAAAAAUUUACCUCAAACCAUUUAAUUUUAUAGUGUGAUUAAUCCCAGGGCAUUUGGUAUGAACCAAAGUGCAUUCCUUUUCUAUGUGCCUGGCUCUAGUACGGAUGGCCAGGGAUUUUUACAAUUUGGGUGCAAGGCACUUAAGCCACUUUUAAACUUAAUGGGUGGUUUGGAGUCGUGUUAAAGGACUCCAUCGGGAGGUUAGGCAACACUUCAGGCAUCAGUAGCAUUGGGCCAUAUUGGAAUCUUAAAAGUGUGAAUUAUUUUAAAAGAGAGCAUUCAUUUUUGUAAUUUUUUUCAUCAAGAGUAUUUCUGGUAAGCAGAAGACUUUUUUAAAAAAAAAACUGAUUUGGUUGGUAAAGGUUUUAAUAUCGCCCAACAUAAUGCUGUGGUAGCAUUAAAAAAAAAAAAGUAUUUGUCAACUCUGUUUCUUAGGGGCUUGUACAUCUAUCUCUCUGCUAUGGACAUAGAUAAAAUUAAUUGUAAUUAUACUCAGCUCAACUGCUACAGUUAUGUCUAGGCAGUGGCUUGGGUUUUUAUCGAGCAACAACUUAGACACGUGACUGUAAUAUGCUGCAACUGUGUGUACUGAAAAUAUGUGAAAAUGGUUGAAUGUGGACUGUGUAUAUAUGUAUGUAAACAUUUCUGUGAGAUGCUGCUGUCGCCACUUAACAUGAAAUAUGUUCUGGUGGAUUUUAAUCCUAGUGGCCAGUUCUAUGAUACUGUAUGUAUUGUACAGCUGAAGACAGGAGUAAGACUGUUCAGUGAAUAUUUGUUAACAUUUUAUUGUCGUGGCCAGAGAUAAUUUCAGAAUAAAAAUUUAAUGUCCUACCUUAA